GAGCCGAGCAGGACCCGAGCCAAGAGGCGCCUACAAAGCUGCAGACGGUGGCGGCGGCGGCGGAGGCGGCUGUAGUGAAAGCAAAGGAAAAAAUCUCCAGCUGGACGCAGGGCCCCAGAAUUCCUGCCACAGGCUCUGAACUUUGACAGGUCGUGCUGUGACUAAUACCUCCCACCCCCACCUUCGCCCCGAAGUCCUCACGCAGCACAGGACUUUGCCUUUCCCGCUGCAGAUAGGAGGAAUAGCAGUUGCAAGCAGCAGCAGGUGCAGUAAGGUGGAGGAUCUCUGCUUCCUGGAACCGCGACCCGUGGAAUUUCUUUCUCUUUUCCAGCUCAACGCAGGAGAGACGCUGUCUCCAGAUUACAGAACUCAAGUGCUUUCUGAAGCUCAAAAGUGGAGGAAUUCAAAGCCACCAAGGGUAUACAGCACAUCUAGAAGCUUUUAUCUUAGCGUCAAGUCUUCUGCUUACAAGGAAAGAGUUCUGUCUAGAAAGAGCCUGCAGCCCUCCUGUCUUGGUUAAACAGGACUCUGACCCCAGGCGCUGGCUCAGGACCCUGCUGCAAAGGAUUUGUGUGUGUGUACAGAGAGGAAGGUUUAAUCGCUUAGCAGAAAAAUGGAUAACGUCCUCCCUGUGGACUCAGACCUCUUCCCAAACAUCUCCACCAACACCUCGGAGCCCAACCAGUUUGUGCAGCCGGCCUGGCAAAUUGUCCUUUGGGCAGCUGCCUACACAGUCAUUGUGGUGACCUCCGUGGUGGGCAACGUGGUGGUGAUGUGGAUCAUCUUGGCUCACAAGAGAAUGAGGACAGUUACUAACUAUUUCCUGGUGAACCUGGCCUUCGCAGAGGCCUCCAUGGCUGCAUUCAAUACAGUGGUGAACUUCACUUAUGCUGUCCACAACGAGUGGUACUAUGGCCUGUUCUACUGCAAAUUCCACAACUUCUUCCCCAUUGCUGCUGUCUUUGCCAGUAUCUACUCCAUGACAGCUGUGGCCUUCGAUAGGUACAUGGCCAUCAUCCACCCCCUCCAGCCCCGACUGUCGGCCACAGCCACCAAGGUGGUCAUCUGCGUCAUCUGGGUCCUGGCUCUCCUCCUGGCCUUCCCCCAGGGCUACUACUCAACCACGGAGACCAUGCCCAACCGAGUGGUGUGCAUGAUCGAUUGGCCAGAGCAUCCCAACAAGAUUUAUGAGAAAGUGUACCACAUCUGUGUGACUGUGUUGAUCUACUUCCUCCCCCUGCUGGUGAUAGGCUAUGCGUACACUGUAGUGGGUAUCACACUGUGGGCCAGCGAGAUCCCUGGGGACUCCUCUGACCGUUACCACGAGCAAGUCUCUGCCAAGCGCAAGGUGGUUAAGAUGAUGGUUAUUGUUGUAUGCACCUUUGCCAUCUGCUGGCUGCCCUUCCACGUCUUCUUCCUCCUGCCUUACAUCAACCCUGAUCUCUACCUGGAGAAGUUUAUUCAGCAGGUUUACCUGGCCAUCAUGUGGCUGGCCAUGAGCUCUACAAUGUACAACCCCAUCAUCUACUGCUGUCUCAAUGACAGGUUCCGUCUGGGCUUCAAGCAAGCCUUUCGGUGCUGCCCUUUCAUCAGUGCUGGUGACUAUGAGGGGCUCGAAAUGAAAUCCACUAGGUACCUCCAGACGCAGGGCAGUGUGUAUAAAGUCAGCCGCCUGGAGACCACUGUCUCCACAGUGGUGGGGGUCCAUGAGGAAGACCUGGAGGAAGGCCCCAAGGCCAUGCCCUCAUCCCUGGACAAGACCUCCAAUGACUCCCCUCGCAGCGACUCUAAGACCACAACGGAGAACUUCAGCUUCUACUCCAACAUGCUCUCCUAGACUAUGGGGCGUUCAGUAGGCGCAGUCACCUUUGUGUUUGUCUUGCUUCAUUUCAUGCAUGGAUAAAUCCUCAAUAUAGAGACCAUAAGAAACGCUUUUGCGGCUUGUGAAAAGGUCAGAAUAGUUUAGGAAAAACAUUCUAUUCUGGAGUCAAAAACCUGCAUUCUUCUAUGUCUUUGCCACCCACAUGCUGUGUGACCCAAAACAAAUCAUCGAACUUCUCUGAGCCUGUACAAUGGGAAGGUUAGACUCGAUUUUCUCUACAAUCCAUUCCAAGAUUCUAGAAUUAACUUUAAUUGCAUGUUGGCACUCAUUUCAGGGUAAUUCCUGCAAUGCAGCAAAAGAUCCAACUGAUCUGUUUGCCUAAAGCUGCUAUCUUAUUUCAAUAAAGGUGUUCUCAGUCUUGCUUAGAUUAUUUUCCCUUAGCUGGUGGCUCAUACUGCAUCAGCCUCUGCUUGAUAAGGUGAACAAAAGGAGGAACCACAUAAAAUCUGAAUGAAAGAUGUAACACUCUCUUCUAAGGAUUCAUGAAAAGAAGGCAUACUUCUGCCCCUUUUUGGCAUCUCAAUAUCUCAGUGCAGUAUGGGAUUGAGAGCCUCAAGUUUAUCUGUAUUAUGUCCCCAGUGACUGUCCUGAGCAAUCAAUGCUGAUAGAAUAUGUCCACUGAUACUAGCUAAUGUCUGUUAUGAACCAAGACUCAGGAGAACUGUGCAAUACUUAAUCUACCUGAUCCUCUCUUUCCUUAUUUGUAAAACUAUGAGCUGAACUACAUCAUCUAGGUGUCCUUUUGAAUGUUAACAUUCAUUGGUUCAAUGAUUGUAUGAGUCUUUUUUUGUUGUUCAACCAAAAAUUUGUAGUCUCAGGAAGAAUAGAAGCAGUAAGUCCAGCGAAUUAAUACCUAGAGAUGUAGCAACUGCUAAGACCAUGUAUCAGUAUCCAUAUAUGACAUUCUCUGAUUUAUCCUAAAACUGUGAGCACUUUCCUUCUCCUGAAGAUUUUGGCCUUUGACAGAGCAGAGGACUUCGUGUCAAAUCCUACAUCUCUCUAUAAGGAUUUAACAGGCUAAGUCUCCCAGCUGGAGAAUGCCACCAGGGAAGAAAAACAUGUAGGCUCCCUGCUCUGGACUUUUGGGUAUCUUAGGGCAGGGGCACUCACCUAGAUUUUUAGCUUUAUACUAGCAUAAGGCAUGAGUUCAGUGACUGAGGAGGCUGCACCCUGCAACAACGCUUGUGGGAAGAGGUCACCUUGCAUCUUCCCUUUAGACUCUCUGAAUCUCCCCUUCCUGCCACCAGCUUUGCUGGCCUCCUGUCUAAAAGAGGUGGGAUGAUCGAUCAACCUUACAGAAGAGUCAGUUGACAGAGAGUCAUGAACUUAAAGCUUCGUGUCCUGACAGUUUGGGGGUUAUAGCAGGUGAGUGUGCAGUUUCUUUCUGUCUCCCAGAUCUGUGCUUUGUACAGAUGUGGCUGAAAGCAGAAACCUCAUGUAACUACCAUAAAUGCCUUCUUUGUGGUUUGAAGAAUGCAUGGACAUAUUCUGCAUCCAUCAUGUUGAGGGAGAACUGUGCUGCACAUAGGUUUACAGCCGUUACCAGCUGUGCUGGCCCUAACCCUACCAGGGCAUUGACAGGCCAGGAAGAAGUUAUAUAGCAACAGUAUAAGCCAGAAAGAUAUCCUCCAAAGCAGCAUGAGAAGGAUUAAAUAAACUAAGAAAACCAACUCAGUGCAAAUAUAUGAAUGGAACACAUAAUUUAGGGGCAACAAAAGUCAGUGCCCAAAGCAUUAGUCUUACUUCUGAUAAAGAAUCAUACCAUGUAUGGAUUAUUCACUUCAGAGGGAUGUAAAGAACUGGCAUGAUUAUGAGAAGUACCUAAGAAGAAAGUGUUAAUGAGUAGGGGACAUCCCCUCUAUGGAAGAGGUUAGAGUUGAAUUCAACAAGGUUUAUGGAGCACUUGCUCUGGACUUGGCCCUGAGCUGGGGACGCACAGCUCCUUCUGUUCUUGAGGAGCCUACCAACAGGCCAUUGUUAACUCACCAGUCUUAGUGGGUCUAGGCUGCCCAGCAGGCAUGGAGGAAGUUGAGAAGCAGAUUUUCCACAGGAUUCUAAAGACCCACACUCAACAUGGGUAAUCGGGCCAAAGACCUUAAGAUAGCCUUUUGCAAUGAGAGCUCUCUGAGAUAAUUCCAAAGAGAGCACCAGCCAAUCCAGGGGAACUGAAGGGGUGUGUUUGGACAACAUCAUCACUGCACAUAAUAGGAGUGUACAGUUUCAAAUAUGGCAGAACGUUUCCUCUGAGAGAGCCCAGCAAGUCUUCCUCUAACUCACUCUCCAACACCCGUUUAACUUAUAAAAUUGUUGUCUCCUCCCAUGUGUGAGAAACACCAUGAUCUGCACUGUGCAUUGGUCUCAUUCUUAUAGAAAUCUGUCAUCCUGUGUUAUCUCCUAAGUGUUUUUCCUUGAUAUUCUGUUCAGUAGUAAUAGAAUAUAAGGCAUCAUGGGGCUAUCACUGUUAUGUUACUUCUAAAAUGUGGGAUCCAGUUGCUGUCAAUGAGCUAUUUGUAUUGUGCUGAUUCCUCCUCAUUCUUUCACAGAGAGAAGCUGAUGUAUAUAAUGGACUCACAGUAGUACCAUAGCAACUGAGGGUUGGGGAGGGACACUAUAUGGCAAGAACUAAAGGAUAGGGGUCCUUGUCUUCCUCACCUCCCACUGGAGUGCUAAGACAUACUGGAAUGUCCUUUCUCUUGGAAGGACUGAGUGGAACCCUUGGAAAAGGGGACUUGGGAGCUAACCUUAUUGACCUGGUUUCAGGAAGAAUCAUGUAAGUGGAGAGGGGUAUUUCUUGAAGUUUCUAUGUUUUCCA